ACUUGGAACUUGUGUAUACACACUUUAGUGCGUGUUUCAGGUGUGGGGCCCUGCAAUGGAGACAGUGGAGGAGGACUGAUGCUGCCCGUCAAGGACAGCCUAAAUGUCACAAGAUGGCAACUGCGGGGGCUGGUCAGCCUAUCCUUGCUGAACGCGACCACCCUCGCCUGUGAUCUCAGCCAGUACAUUGUGUUUACGGACACGGCCAAGUUCAUUCCUUGGAUAGCUUCUGUUAUUAAUCAAAAAAGCAACUGACACUGUAUUUUUCCAAUUAUUUAUAUGUGAUUUGAUUAAAAAUUGUUUUAUUUAUUAUGAA